AUGCAAGGCUCAAUCAAAUUAACUAAAAAUACCGAGCUUGCCUUCAACAUCGAGGCUAGAUCCAGAAAUGCCAGCGGCAAAGCAUCAGAGACAGAUACAAUAGAAGGCAUUGAUAUCUUCUCUUUGCUAUCAAGGAGAUGCGAUCAGUACAUUGAGAGCUUCGACAGGGCAACCGAGGCCGAACAAGCCAGAAACAUGGCGUCUCUAAAGCAGGCCAAGGAUGAGCUUGUGCGCACUCUUGAGAUCUUAGAGCAAAAACUACAGCUUUCAAAGGUCUCAAAGAAGCAGGAAGCUCCGAAUGAGAAGAUAGUAGGUAUCAUCAAGGGCGGAAUAUCCUGGCAGCAAGAUAAUUUGCACAAAGAGAACAAUGACCGCUGCAAGAAGAAUUCAAAUCUGCCAUCCAACUUUUAUCAGAGUUCGGGAGACUCCGGCCUGGAUCGCAUUGAAGAAUCAACAAAAGUUGGACCCAAAGAGCCAAAAUACACACCAGAAAAAAUUGCAGAAUUUGCAAAAUUGGGUCUGCAUCUAGGGCACUAUAGGCUGGGGCGAGAUUAG